CGGUGUGAUUGGUCGAGACCGUCAGUUAUUUAAUUAGUGUUUUGGAGAGCUUUAUUUUGCAGAGUCAUGUGUUUUUGUUUAGUCUGACUGCUUUUUGUCCUGUAUUUCUGAUCUCACAGCAGAAACCAUGCGUUUGUACAUUGCAGCUGUUGUUCUUUUGUGGGCUGUCACAGCUACAGAGGGAAAAGCAGUGCCCUCCCUUCCACAUUUCGGAAAGAGCUAUCAAGUCAAAGGAGUGAUUUCUCUGCCCUAUGCUGAGAUCAAGGAGCCAUUUGAGGCCUGGUUUGACAUCACGGCAAACUCCAGCAGAAUAGACUACUACCAUGGCCAGGUGUCGACGUACCAGUUGGGGGCGGAGCAUCAGUGGGGCGUUGCCUAUAAAAUCACUCCUGAAACCACAGAGGUAGAGCUGAAUGUGAUGAAGUGUUUCCAGGUCAAUGGAACAAAGAACGAAAUGGUCACACCACAGCCGUCUCUGCCUGAUGUGCAGGGCUUCCAGUUCCUGAGGAUGGAGUACUAUGGAGGUUCCCUGUGUGAAGUUUGGCAGAACGUGACCACUGUAGGUUACAAGAAGAACACAUACACACUGUGGGUGACCCAUUCAGAGAGAGGUGCAGAUAGUAAGGAAGACCCCCCCACACCCCUCCAUUAUGAGAUGAUGGGGUAUAACACGCUGCUGGGGUCCCAUUAUGACAAAUACUUGGUGGACUACAAAGAGUUCAGCACUCAUGUGGACCCCAAAGUUUUCUCGCUGCCUGAAGGGAUGACCUGUGGGGAAUUUCCUGGUCCAGGAGUGGAGCACCAUAUGUUGGCUAAUCCAAUGAAAGAUCUCAUCCACACCUCAGCAUCAGGCCACUCGCAGCGCAUGUUCAACCAUUUCAAGGACAAGUUCCAGCGUCAGUACAGCGACGAAAGAGAGCACGAGGAAAGGGAGCACGCUUUUGUUCAUAAUCUCCGGUAUGUGCACUCAAAGAACAGAGCAGGGCUGCCCUUCUCUCUGGCUCUGAACUCUUUGUCAGAUCGCACCAUGUCAGAGUUGGCCACCAUGAGGGGAAGGAAACGAGGAAAGACCCCAAACAGAGGGCUCCCCUUCCCCUCAAUGCUUUACAAAGGAGUGAAAGUACCAGAGUCAUUUGACUGGAGGCUUUACGGUGCUGUGACCCCAGUGAAGGACCAGGCCAUCUGUGGCUCCUGCUGGAGCUUUGCCACCACUGGAGCAGUAGAGGGCGCUCUCUUCCUAAAGACUGGCUCUUUGCAGGUUCUGUCUCAGCAGAUGUUGGUGGACUGUUCCUGGGGUUUCGGCAAUAACGGCUGUGACGGAGGGGAGGAGUGGAGAGCAUACGAGUGGAUCAUGAAGCAUGGAGGCAUCGGCACAACAGAAACUUACGGAGCCUAUAUGGGAAUGAAUGGAUUUUGCCACGUGAACACAUCCCAGCUUACUGCGCAUAUCCAGAGCUACACCAACGUCACAUCAGGAGAUGCAGAGGCCCUUAAGCUGGCACUCUUUAAAAACGGGCCGGCGGCUGUCAGUAUUGAUGCUUCACAUCGAUCAUUUGUUUUCUACAGCCACGGUGUCUACUAUGAACCCGCCUGUGGUAAUACCACUGAUGACUUGGACCAUGCUGUGCUUGCAGUGGGAUACGGCACCCUGAGUGGGGAGCCAUACUGGUUGAUAAAGAACUCAUGGUCCACCUACUGGGGCAAUGAUGGCUACAUCCUGAUGUCUAUGAAGGAUAACAACUGUGGAGUCACCACUGAUGCUACAUAUGUUACGCUGGCAUAAAUUUGCCUUUUCCUCUAUCGAAAUCUGUAUGUCAAUACCACUAUGUGAGUGCCUGAGGAUGAAUGACUCCCAAUGUUGAAUCUUUUGAGGUGUGGUUAUCGCAUCAAACUGAGCUGCUUGGUGGUGAUAUGUGUUAAAUGUUGCUGUCGAAUGGUAUUGAGACACCGCACAACUUGCGCACAGAACAAGUCUGCAUUGUUUUGACAAGUUUAUUGCUGGAGGCACAAAGCUACAGUGCCUUUGUUUUAGCUGCACAAAGUACAUUUCACUUUAUAAUUUGUUGCAUUCAAAUGGACUGGAAUCAAUGCAAUAAAACAAUGGAAUGUUUUCCAA